AUGGCGCGGUACAAAGUAAAUGCAAUUGUUAUGCUUGCAUUAUUGAUUUUCACGUCUUUGCUGGCGAACAGUGCACAAAAAUCUCGAUAUUUUCAAAUUACAAUGCAGAAUAUAACAAGCGCAACAGUCGAACUUUCAUAUUAUAAUUUGAACAUCGAGAACAAUUUAGGAGGACACAGUAGUGGUGCCAUUUCUACACCAGUGGUAUUGGAUGGUGCGAUACCGCGAUUGCGUGGUAAAAUUGCAGUAACAACACCAGUAGGAAGCACGGAUAUGUUGCACUCGGCAUAUGAAGAACCGAGACCGUUGGUACAUAACAUACCACCGGGUUAUGAUACAUCAUUACCUUCACCACCGAUACCUCCAUUACAUAAUAGUGGAGAUAAAAUAGGCAAAUUGAAGGAGAAAGAUUAG